CUGCAGAUGAGGCCUCCCUGCCUCCCUGGGGGCUGGGGCUCCUCCCUGGGCGGGGCAGGAAUAGUGCGUUUCCUCCCUGGGACCCCCUGAGCGGGAGCAGGCCGGGUGCGAGGGCGCGGCGCCCCGGGAGGGCUUCCUGGAGGAGGAGGCUUUGCGCUCGGGUGGGCGCGGGCGCAGUCGGAGAGAGCAAGGCGGCAAUUUCGGGAGGCACACAGACCUUCCGGCUGAAUAAUAGUAGCGGACACUUACGGAACACCCUUCAAGCUCUCUGAAUGUUCUGUGUCAUCACGUCUCGCAACAGAGAUGCACGCAAGAUACUGGGCCAACUUAAAGCUGUGGUUCAAGCAGAAGAUCAGCAAAGAAGAGUUUGACCUUGAGGCUCACAGACUUCUCACGCAAGACAAUGUCCACUCGCACAACGAGUUCCUCCUGGCGAUCCUCACUCGGUGUCAGAUCUUGGUGUCCGCUCCAGAGGGGGCCGGCUCUCUGCCCUGGCCCGGGACCCCUGCAGCCAAACCCGGGAAACCGAAGGGGAGGAAGAAGCUUUCAUCUGUUCGUCAGAAAUUUGAUCACAGGUUCCAGCCUCAGAACCCCCUCUCGGGGGCCCAGCAGUUUGUGGCGAAGGACCCCCAAGAUGACGACGACCUGAAGCUCUGUUCCCACACCAUGAUGCUGCCCACGCGCGGCCAGCUGGAGGGCAGGAUGAUCGUGACGGCCUACGAGCACGGCCUGGACAACGUCACCGAGGAGGCUGUGUCGGCGGUGGUCUGCGCCGUGGAGAACCACCUAAAAGACAUAUUGGCCUCCGUCGUGUCGAGAAGGAAGGCCUACCGGCUGCGGGACGGCCACUUCAAGUACGCCUUCGGCAGCAACGUGACCCCGCAGCCCUACCUGAAGAACAGCGUGGUGGUGUACAACAGCCUGAUGGAAAGCCCCCCAGCCUUCUCCGCUCCUUGUGCCGGCCAGAACCCAGCGUCCCACCCGCACCCCGACGACGCGGAGCAGCAGGCCGCGCUGCUGCUGGCCUGCUCGGGGGACACCCUCCCGGCGUCCCUGCCCCCGGUCAACAUGUACGACCUUUUCGAAGCUUUGCAGGUGCACCGGGAGGUCAUCCCCACGCACACCGUGUAUGCCCUCAACAUCGAGAGGGUCAUCACGAAGCUCUGGCACCCGAACCAUGAGGAGCUGCAGCAGGACCGGGUGCACAGGCAGCGCCUGGCCGCCAAGGAGGGUCUGCUGCUGUGCUGAGCCCCGCCCCCCCGCACCGAGGACUGAGAGUGGGCGGUUUUGGCCCGUCCGCACUCCCAGACUGACGGGGACCUGCCAACAGGACCUUUCCUCCAGAGAUGCCCGGGUGGGGGGGGCGCUCUGCCCGAGGUGUCGGGCAGGUGACACCCUGGGACGACCUUGUGAACUGUCUUCUCCUGAUUCCCAUUUCCUUCCCGGGGCUGACGGGCCCGAAGACCGCGGUGGACGGGUCCACCUGUUCGUUGUUCCCGUGGGGUGUUUGAGUGGUCCAUGCGGACGGGUUGCAUUUCUACACGGUCGUCCCCCUGUUCCUGUGAACUGUGUCCCUGGUGUUCAGAUGGUAAAGGGAAAACAACUGGCCUUUGGCAGUGUCGCUGCAAACAGAGUCUGUUUUCCACCCACGCGUUGCUUUUUCCUCGAGGGCUGCUGGCCGUGUGGUCAGCCCUGAACAGUGAGGGCGUGAGGGACGCAGCCACAAAUUCGCCUGUGAUCUGUGACUCCCCAACACUGAUGCCCACACCCGCAGGUGCCCCAGUCCCCGACGUGACACGGCGUGGAAGCGUCUGGACUCCCACCUGCGGUCAGCAGUCUGGGCAUUCACGGAAGGUCCCAGUGUACGCACCGCCAUUCCAACCCAUGCUGGUCAGGGGUCGGCCGCGUUAGAAUGGGACUCUCUGUGGGUUAUUAGUGUAUGAAUAGGUACAGAUGGGUCGG